AUGAUAAAACCAUUCAGUUUUCAUUCAAACGUUGUGUCUUCUACAAUUUGUCUCCUCGUCUUCAGCUUAUUUGGCUUUAUAUGGGUUGCAGGAGUAGGCGAAAGAGCUACAAUCUCGAAGCGUUUUGAGAUAGUUCACGCUAAAAGGGAUGACGGAUUUACUUUCAGGAUUUACUCCAACAAUAUCAGAUAUAAUGCUACGAACUUGUUCGAAUAUGAGCAGCCUUGGGAAGUUAGAAAAGCUGGUGUUUUGAAUGCAAUCAAAUCGAAAGAUACAUCACUUCCAAUUUUGGUAAGUAUUCAAGAGUGCUUGCACAAUCAAUUGAUUGAUCUCAAGUUAGGUCUAAACGAGCAAACAAAUUCAUCGGAUUACCCGUGGACUCACUUCGGGGUUGGAAGGGAUGAUGGUCAAGAAGCAGGAGAAUAUUCUCCCAUUUUAUACAAUACCAACGAUUGGGAAUUGCUUAAUGGCACUUCCAGAUGGCUCAGUACGACUCCUCUUACCCCCAGUAUCUUUCCUGGGGCUGACACUAAAAGAAUCGUCACUAUUACAACAUUUAAACAUAAAGCCACAGGCAAAAUAUUGAACUAUUUCAAUACUCACCUUGAUCAACAAAGUCAAGAUGCAAGAACUUUUGGGGUUAACGAGAUCCUUACUUAUAUGUCUGAGGUACCGAAUACCGCCCAAACGUUUUUCAGUGGUGAUUUUAAUUCUCUUAGAAACGACACAGCAUAUAUUACUGUCGCACAACAUAUGAAAGAUACUGAGUUAGUUGCCUACAAACAUAUCAACGAUAGCUUACCUACCUAUUCUGGCUUCAAUCCCCAAGAUGAUCUCACUGGAGGAACAAUUGACUUUAUUUGGGCUACUGAAAAUACCAACAAUGAAGGAUCGCCUGUUUCUGCUCUCAGUCAUGAAGUGGUUGAUAACCUCUAUGAUGGCUACCGGUUUAGUGACCACAGACCAGUAACAGCAGUUUUGAAGUUAGAAGAAAACUGA